AUGAUAUCUAGAGCGGUCGGUGAAUCUAUUCCGCCCAACACGAAGCAUGCUGUAUCCGUGUGUUUGCCCACAUGGGAAGCUACAGUAGGUUAUGAAGAAGGUGAGAGCGACAUAAUAAACUCACUUACCACUGGAUACCCAAGGUUUUUCGUACACAAGUCAAUAAAAAAGCUAUGUGAAGCUUUAUGCGGUAAGUACUCGAUGGAAAAUGAGACAUGUCUUUGCUUCCCCUCGUAUAGGGUGGCCAAUAGGUGCAGGGAGUUCAUCAAAGUGAAAACAGGUCUUUCAACCAAAGUACGGAUAUUACAGUUAUGUACACCUAAACCUAUGAACCAGGAGGAAAAGCUUUGGAGAAGGGAGUGUAAGAUUACGGUUGUUUUCGUAGACCAGGAAAUAUUUCCAGUAAUGAAACAAUACUGGCAACAUUCGGGUGAAAUUGUGUCCAGCAGGAUGGCAGAGUACAUUCUACAUGAAUUGCGAGUUAAGGAUAGUUCCAAGGAGAUGAAAACAAUUGCUAAUGGAAGAAAAACUGUGACGGAGGAUGAAAAUAGAGUCAAUGAAGAAUAUGUUGAAACGAGAUUUGGCAGAAGUUUAAAUUUUCUUGCCGCAGAUAAAGCUAAAUAUUUGAUACGAAAGAGGAUUGCUACAAAAGUUGUCGAAAAACUUGACUCUGAGAGUUUGUCGGACUUGUUCUCUUUUGAGCAUUAUAACGAAAACAACGGACCCUUCAGUAUGGGUAGCGGAGAGUCUUUGAACAAUGAACCGUUGACUUCGGAUGUUCCCGCUGAAACAAUCAGCUCUAUGGGAGAGAACAGUGCCAACAGCACGUUUGAGAAUAUGGCAACGGAAGACUUAAAUUUUCAUGUAAAUCCUGAUACAGAUGUUUACUUAUUCCCGAGUGGGAUGGCUUCCAUUUUCACUGCCCACAGACUGCUUUUGAACUUAGAUGCCAACCGUCUAUCAAGAUCGUCCACCAGGCAAGAUAAGCUGGUUGGAUAUGGCCCCCCUUUCAAGAAAACUGUUAUGUUUGGGUUCCCAUACACAGAUACUCUGAGUAUUCUUCGGAAAUUCAAUCAUACGCACUUCUUAGGACAGGGUGAUUCGACGUCAAUGGAUGCUUUAAAGAGUAUUUUACAUGCUGGUGAACAAAUAUUGGCGGUAUUUAUUGAAGCUCCAUCGAAUCCGCUGUUGAAAAUGGGAGAUUUGCAAGAACUGAAAAGACUGUCUGACUUGUAUUCGUUUUAUAUAGUGGUAGACGAAACUGUCGGUGGUUUUGUCAAUAUCGACGUAUUACCAUAUGCUGAUAUCGUUUGUAGUUCACUAACAAAAAUUUUCAGUGGGGAUUCUAACGUGAUUGCAGGGUCGUUAGUGUUGAAUCCUAAGGGAAAGAUAUAUGAAUUUGCUAGAAAGUUCAUGAAGACCGAAGAUGGAUAUGAGGAUUGCCUAUGGUGUGAAGAUGCUUUAUGCCUAGAAAGAAAUUCGAGAGACUUCGUGGAACGUACAAUCAAAGUGAAUACAAACACUAAUAUACUAUUAACAAAGGUAUUAUUACCACAAGUGGGAAAAUUGUUCAAAAAAAUCUAUUAUCCUAGUUUAACAUCAGAGGAGACCAAACGCAAUUAUGACAGCGUCAUAUCUACAAAAGAUGGCGGAUAUGGAGGCUUGUUUUCAUUAACAUUUUUCAGUAUUGAAGAAGCAAAGAAGUUUUUCAAUAAUCUGGAGUUGUGCAAAGGACCCUCGCUGGGUACGAAUUUUACUUUAGCAUGUCCAUAUGCUAUUAUUGCCCAUUACCAGGAAUUGGACGAGAUAGCUCAAUAUGGUGUCGAAAAAAAUCUUGUAAGAGUGAGUGUUGGUUUAGAAAAUAGCGACGUUUUAUGUAAAGUCUUUCAGCGUGCAAUUGAAAAAGCCCUGGAGGAAUAG